UAGAAAUAGAACCAACAGAGAACAGUGUUUUUUUUUAUCGCUGUUACGCUAAAUAUUGCAACCCAGCAGCAGUAUGUUACAGAUUAUUUUCUGUGGAAUAACAUGAUUAAACACGUUAUGUAUUUUUCUCUGGCUGGCUAUACAAAAUGGGGCAUGCGACAUCUUGAAAAUGUGGUGUCAGUGGUUUAGUCAUCAGUUCAUUUCAACUGACUACUUUAGUAACCAUGUUUUAAUAUACUUCGUAUUUGAAGUUGAGGGUUCUUUAUUGAACUGUUUUAAGAGAAUUCAUUCAAACAUUUAGUCAACAAGGAAUAUUUUGAGUCCAUAACUGCUACAGAUCUCAUUAAAUUUGGUAGAUGAGAUCUAACAGCUGAUAUAAUCAACCUGAUGAGCCGGUAGAGUUUGGAAUAAUGGCACAUGAGCAGAUCAACCUUGUCACUGUGGUGGAGAAUGAUAACCGGGAUCCUAGGGAGCCGGAGUUAUACUACCAGUGCAGAGAGGUUUAUGUAAAGGAGUAUGAUCCUUCAUGUCUGCAGCGAUGUAGUAACAAGAUUAUACAGGUUCUAGAGACAACAUUUUAUAAACUAGGUCUGCUGGUUGCGAGGCAUCCUGUUAUCACCAUAUUUAUAUCUCUGCUGGCAUGUGGACUUUGUGGUGUAGGCCUCACCAAGUUCGAACAAACUACCGAUGAUGCCAAAUUGUGGGUGCCCAAAUCAUCCAGAGUGUUACCAGAAAAAGCAUGGGUGGACAAAAAUUUCCCAGAGAACUAUCGCUUCACUUCUAUCAUUGUAACAUCUCACAACGUUCUGACGCCAUGGGCUAUAAAUGCAAUGUAUGACAUGUACAUUCAGUCUCGUGUCUUCGUACUUCCCGGAUAUGAAUCUCUCAAUACAGUGUGUGUGAAGGUUGGAAACAUGUGCAGAGUGCAGAGUAUUCUGGAGCUGUGGCAGAACAAUGGAACAUUAAUACAUAAACUAACAUUAGCUGAUAUUCUUCAGAAAGUUAACUCCAACAUUAAAUACAGUCCGGCAUAUGGUACAGAGUUUAACCUUGAAUACAUGUUGGGCGGGAUACGAAGAGAUGUCUAUGGGAACAUCGUAGGAGCUGAUUCUAUAACAAUGCUGUGGGUACUUCAUAAAAAGCCAGAGUGGGAGGAAGCGUCUCUGGCAUGGGAGAAAGAGAUGAUUGACAUGGCUCUCUCUCCUUGGCCACACCUCCUCAGAUGUUAUGUUUAUGCAACUAGAACUUUUGAUGAUGAAGGAUAUGGUGCUGUGAAUGCUGAUGUUUCACUUCUAACAGCAGGAUUCAUCAUUGUGUUUGUUUUCAUCAUCAUGGUGCUUGGAAAGUUUAACUUGGUCGAAAAUAAGUUGUAUGUGUCUCUGAGUGGCAUACUAACCAUUGGGCUUGCUAUCCUGUUUUGUUAUGGACUUGCUAUGGCAUUUGGAUUUAUCUAUGGUCCUAUACACUCACUUAUGCCAUUCUUGCUCCUAGGUAUAGGUGUAGAUGACAUGUUUGUUAUUGUCGGAGCAUGGAAGAACCUCACAGAGGAGGAGAAAAAACAACCCGUACCAGAGAAGAUUGCAAUAACACUGAAACGUGCAGGCGUGUCAAUUACCGUUACCUCGGUUACAGAUAUAGUUGCAUUUGGAAUAGGUGGUUCUACAGUUAUUCCUGCACUCAGUGCUUUCUGUGCCUAUGCAGCCUUAGGAAUUCUUGGACUUUAUUUAUUAGUGUCAACAUUUUUUGUUGCUAUAUUAACUUUAGAUGAGUACCGUAUAAGUCAGUGUAGAAAUUCUGUAAUAUUUUGUUAUAAACAUAAAAACUAUACACCAGUGGAAUGCAGUAGAAAGGAGCUAGUGGCCUCUUUCAUCAAACAAGUUUAUGCACCGACUCUUAUGAAGUUAUCAUGUAAGAUCUCAGUUGUGAUAGCAACAGGUGUGUUAGUGUGUGUGAACAUCUGGAGUUUUACCAAACUGCGUCAGGACUUUAACCUGUAUGACUACAUACCUAGUGAUUCCUAUGCUACAGAAUAUAUAAAUGCUCAGAUGACAUUUUACCCUGAUAGAGGGUAUGAUGCUGCAGUGUACUGUGAUAAUAUGGAUUAUUUUGCAAAUCGUCAUGUUCUAGAAAAUAUGUAUUCAGAUAUGAAAAAGGAUCCAUACAUACAAAAUGGUUCCAUAAAUUUCUGGUACACAUCUUUCAUCAACUAUCUGCAGACCACUGAAGAUAUGUUUGUCAAGUCACAAACAGAAUAUAAUGGAUAUCCAAAAUCAAGUACUGGAUUCAAUACACUGUUGGGAUAUUUCCUCUCGCAAAAACAAGGCAGGUCAUAUGGUCAAUACUUUAAGUUCUCAAACUCUUCACUGCCCACAAUCCAGGCUUCCUACAUACCUUUGAUCCAUACACGUCAGUCCAGUUCAGCAGGAGAUAUACAGGCCAUGGAGAGUCUGCGAGAUAUUCUCGAUAAUUCUCCUUUCAUCAAUGGUUCCUGCUUUGCAUAUGGAUUCAAGUAUCUCAAUAAUGAAACUAACAAAGUAUUAAAGGAGGAGUUGUACCGUAACCUAGCGCUAGCAGGUGUCUGUGUAUUUAUUGUAACAUUGUUGUUAAUUGCUAACUUAUGGACCAGUAUUCUUGUUUUCACCUGUGUGGCAUUUACUGUGAUUGAUGUGACUGGGACUCUACAGUUCUGGGGUGUUACCAUAGAUACAGCAAGCAGUAUACUCAUUAUAUUGUGUGUAGGACUAGCAGUUGACUACUCGGCACAUAUUGGGCACAUGUUUAUGACAAUACUAGGAAACAGAGAAGAGAGAGCCAAGGCCACUCUAUACACUAUAGGACCUGCAGUAUUAAAUGGUGGUGUUAGCACUUUCCUUGCAUUUGUUUUACUGGCAAACAGUAAAAGUUAUGGAUUUGUAAUGUUCUUCAGGGUAUUUAUGUCUGUUGUGUUGUUUGGACUCUUCCAUGGUUUGGUAUACCUCCCUGUGGUCCUGAGUUGGGUUGGUCCAUCGCCUUAUCCCUCCAACAAGGCUGAAGUUGUAGAGGAGAGAACUGGCAUGAUGCAUGACUCAACAGAAAUCAGAAAAAUACACAUCAAAAAGAAAAGUUCCGUGGCAUUAUCAAAAGGAAAUGGAAUAUUAAAAACAAAUAGAUACUGUAUAACCAGAGAUGCUGCCACUCAGGUGCAGAACGAGAGCCUGAGCCAACAACCACUGCUGUCUGAAGGUGAAGGUCAUUCUAAGGUCAUAAUUGAUGAAACUGGAAGUAUUAUGGCCAGUGGAGUUGAAGAUCGACCUGAUAAUGAGGACAAAGAUUUGGCAGACUCAUUACUCAGUGAUUCAGGUCCCACCAACAAGCACAAUCACAGCAGGUCAAAUAUCACUACAGAUGUCAUGAAUACAAAUGAAACUAACCUUUCAAGUGUUAAAAAAUGUGAUAGAUGUGAGAAAUCAUGUGUGAUGUGUGUGUUACAGAGAGCUGAACAAGAACUGAAGACAGCUGUUGAAGAAAUGGACAAACCAAAAUCUUCCAGCAAGUUCUGUAGUUGCCAUGCCCACAGACAUAUACACUCUUUUGGCUGUGAGGAUACAUGAAACCUCUCUGAUUAAAUUUGUACAUAAGGCAUUUUUUUGUAACAUACAUGAAUAUAUUUCAUUUUUAUGCCCCCGAAGGGAGGCAUAUAGUUUUUGAACCGUCUGUCGGUCUGUCAGUCUGUCGGUCUGUCAGUCUGUCCGCAAUUUUCGUGUCCGGUCCAUAUCUUUGUCAUCGAUGGAUGGAUUUUCAAAUAACUUGGCAUGAAUGUGUACCACAGUAAGACGACGUGUCGCGCGCAAGACCCAGGUCCGUAGCUCAAAGGUCAAGGUCACACUUAGACAUUAAAGGAUAGUGCAUUGAUGGGCGUGUUCGGUCCAUAUCUUUGUCAUCGAUGGAUGGAUUUUCAAAUAACUUGGCAUGAAUGUGUACCACAGUAAGACGACGUGUCGCGCGCAAGACCCAGGUCCGUAGCUCAAAGGUCAAGGUCACACUUAGACAUUAAAGGAUAGUGCAUUGAUGGGCGUGUCCGGUCCAUAUCUUUGUCAUCGAUGGAUGGAUUUUCAAAUAACUUGGCAUGAAUGUGUACCACAGUAAGACGACGUGUCGCGCGCAAGACCCAGGUCCGUAGCUCAAAGGUCAAGGUCACACUUAGACAUUAAAGGAUAGUGCAUUGAUGGGCGUGUCCGGUCCAUAUCUUUGUCAACCAUGGAUGGAUUUUCAAAUAACUUGGCAUGAAUGUGUACCACAGUAAGACGACGUGUCGCGCGCAAGACCCAGGUCUGUAGCUCAAAGGUCAAGGUCACACUAAGACGUUAAAGGUCAUUUUUCAUGAUAGUGCAUUGAUGGGCGUGUCCGGUCCAUAUCUUUGUCAUUCAUGCAUGGAUUUUAAAAUAACUACGCAUGAAUGUGUGGCACAGUAAGACGACGUGUCGCGCGCAAGACCCAGGUCCGUAGGUCAAAGGUCCUAAACUCUAACAUCGGCCAUAACUACUCAUUCAAAGUGCCAUCGGGGGCAUAUGUCAUCCUAUGGAGACAGCUCUUGUUAUUUAUUGUUCAUCUGAUUUGAAGAUCCUUCAAAUCUAUUUUCUUCAAUUUUACUAUUAAUAUACUAUAUGUAACAUUUUUAGUCAGCUCAUCAUGAAACUUGGUCAGAAUAUUUAUCUCAGUAAAAUCUCUAAAGAGCUUGAUACUGGGUCAUCUGGGGUCCAAAACUAGGUCAUCAUGUCAAUUCAUAGAAAAAACCUUUACACAAGAGGCCACCUGAUCAUUGUGAAGUUAAGUCAGAAUAUUUGUCUUUAAGUCUAGCAAAUAUAGGUCAGGUUUAAAACCGUUUAAAUCUGUUGUAAAAAGCUAUGUCACUUGGUAAAAUAAAAAAAACCUUGAUAACACUCCAGAGACCAUAUUUUAUACAUAAUCUGUUCUGUGCCAUGUAUACAUAAAAAAACAACGAAGAGUCAAAUAUCUCUGUUACUAUCAAAGCUUUUGCAUUUGAACUUAAAAUAGUUAUUUACCAAUAUAGUCUACACCAGGAGAAACAAUCCCCAUAACUCUGAUUUGAAUUUUGACAGAGUUAUGCCCCUUUUUAACUUAGAAUUUUUGGGUUAAAGUUUUUUAUAAAGUCAAAUAUCUCUGGUACUAUCAAAGCUUUAGACUUGAAACUUAAAAAAGCUUUUGACUUGAAACUUAAAAUAGUUAUUAACUAUCAAAGUCUACACCAGGACAAACAAUCCCCAUAAUUCUGAUUGAAUUUUGACAGAGUUAUGCCCCUUUUUAACUUAGAAUUUUUCAGUUAAAGUUUUAUAAAGUUUCUUGCAAAGCUGUAAUCCAUAUCACUCACUGUGAGUGAUAUAGCUUUGCCACUCAACUUGUACAAUUUUUAUAAAUAUCUAUUUUUUGUAAAAGGUGAUGAAAAUUGUAGCUGGGCUUUGUUCUUGUAGUAUAUUUCCUGAUUAGCAUUACUUGAUAAGAAUUUUAUAACGUUUCACUGCAAAUAAAAAGUUGAAAUGAAACAAGAUGUCAUUUUCAUUUACACAUCUCUGUUUCUGCUGUGAUCAACAUUUGUCACUUUUAGCAUAAAUAAGCAUCACAUAAAAAGGGAAGUUGUUUGUUUUUCAUGAAUAUGGAAUAUAUAUCACCUCAAGUAAAGUUAUGUACUGUGUAUUGCAUAUUGCCUGUGUUAGUUAGCAGUAAUGUGUAUCUACCGUGUAUUGUGUAUGUACCUUGUUAAUCACAUAUUAAUGUGUAUCUGCCAUGUUAGUCAUGCACUAAUGUGUACCUACUGUGAUUUAAUGUGAAAUAGAGGACAUAUAGUUGUCCUUAGCCCUUAUCAUGCUAGACACUAUUGAGUCUGCCUUUGCGACCAGUGUAGAUCAUGAUCUGCCUGCACAUCCAUGCAGUCUGAUCAUAAUCUGCACUGUUUGCCAUUCAGUCAGUAUCUUUU